AUGGCGACCAUCAACACCCCCGUGAGCCUGCCCGAGGUGACGGAACAGGCCGGAAACUAUACAUACAAUGCGCACAUCCCCCUGGCGAAUUGGCUGCGCACAGCCAGCACCAUGCAGAAAGAGGCCCAAGUUUAUGAAGCAGAGGGCAACGACGCGCAGACAUACCUCCUCCUAUACCGACACGCCGACCUCGUCCUCCAGAAACUACAGGGCCAUCCUGACAGGAACAAGCCCGAGAACCGAAAAGCGCUCAAUGCUGCAACAGCAGCUGUCAGUCGCGACCUGAAGAAGCUCGAGGAAAUCGCGCCGCGCAUCAAAAAGAGGCACGAAGAAUACGAAGAGAGGAGACGGAGACAGAAGGAAAGCCUGAGAUCGUUGGAAGGACAGGGCUUGGGUGCUCUUCCCCAGGAGCUGGACGGGUUGGCGAUUCAAGAUCGGGGGCCCAAGAGACGGUCGUUCGAUUCGCGGCCCACGAUCGAUGCGCGCUCUCUGGAGAACCAGUCGCUUGCUGCAAGACUGGCGCAGAGAGAAGUGCGGAGGAGAGACACUGUCAGAAGAGGCGUGCGACAGCAUGGCAUCUCAGAGGAGGAAGAGCAUGCGCGCCGCAGUGGAGGCACCUGGGACAGCUGGCAGCAAGGGCCCGACGGAGACGACAUCUCAAACCAACUGCAAGAAGUUGCGAGGCUUCAGCAAAAUGGCCACAGAACAUCUUACUCUUCGCGGCCCACGUCUCAAUCCGCGUCCCCAUACCACUACCCUACCGUACCCUACAAGACUGCCCAAGAAAGAUGGUCAGACUCGCAGUCACGCGACACAGCGCCUGCGCGACCUCCAAAAGAGCAGAUAUACAGAGCCUCUGGCACGCCGGCAGCCCCACCGCCGUUGCCGCCCAAGUCUCCAGCUUCUACGUACGAUGCGCGAUACGAUCAUUCACGACCUCCUCCUGUCCCAGGCAAGAUAUCAGAAAGCGCGCCACCUUUGCCAAGCAAGAUACCGGACCAGAGACCGUUGACACCCUCCACCGAGCUGGACGAGUUCACAUUCAAGCCUUCUGCCUUCCUGGAGAAUGGCGAUCCCCUCCGUCCCGUUUUCCUCCCCUCCCAACUACGCAAUCAGUUCCUUGCCGUUGCUUCCUCCAACACACGUCUCAAUCUUGAAACAUGCGGUAUGCUGGGUGGAAUACUAAAGUCCAACGCCCUCUUCAUCACACGACUCAUCAUCCCCGAACAAACUAGCACGAGCGACACCUGCGAGACGUUGAACGAAGAAGAGCUAUUUGAUUACUGCGACAAAGAAGAGUUGAUGGUCCUCGGUUGGAUUCACACGCAUCCGACGCAAACCUGCUUUAUGAGCAGCAGAGACUUGCACACCCAUGUCGGAUAUCAGGUCAUGAUGCCAGAAAGCAUCGCCAUCGUUUGCGCUCCGACAAAACAACCUAGCUGGGGUUGUUUCCGCCUCACUGAUCCCCCGGGCAAACAAGCCAUUCUGAACUGCAGUCGACCUGGUAUAUUCCAUCCUCACGACGUUGAUAACAUCUACACCGAAGCGCUCAAGCCAGGUCAUGUGGUCGAGCUGACCGACGCGCCCCUGGAAAUCGUGGACAUGAGGCCCAAGAAGAACCUCUAA